AAAAAAAAAAAAAAAAAAAAAAAAAGCAUCACCAUAGCCACCAUGUCCGCGAUCGCACGACUAAGAGCGAUCGCAGCGUCGCUAAAAACACUCAAAUUCAAUCUCAACCGUCCAUUCGGAUCCGCAGCUGCGGUUCAAUACGACUACGAUGAUGACGAAGAAGAACAAUUCGAACAUAGCGCGCCACGUGGCAUGCUCAACACAGAAGGUUCGGCGCCGGAGCGUGGUGUUCAAUGGGUUAUGAUCGGUGAACCUGGAGUUAAGAGACACCUUUUCUCUGAGAGACUCUCGAAGCUUCUAGAAGUUCCUCACAUUUCCAUGGCCUCACUCCUUCAUCAAGAACUUAACCCUCGUUCUUCUCUUUAUCAGCAGAUAGCGAGUGCAUUGGAUCAUGGAAAACUUGUACCAGAGGAAAUCAUUUUUGCUUUGUUAUCGAAGAGACUUGAAGAUGGAUACUAUAGAGGUGAAACUGGAUUCAUUCUUGAUGGAAUCCCUCGAUCAAGAAUCCAAGCAGAGAUUCUUGAUCACAUUGCUCAUGUUGAUCUAGUGGUGAAUUUCAAAUUUCCGCAAGAGGAUUUCAUGAAAAAGAAACUAGGACUUCGAAAAUUUACUUCUUGUCAGGAACAUGUUUUUACGACCAGCUCUUGGACCCCAACCAAGCAAUCGCAGGAUGAACAUGUCCACAGUCGUUCAGAAGAGUCCAUGAUGUUGGAAGAUUACUACAGGAAGCAGAAGAAACUUCUGAAUUUCGAAGUUGCGGGUGGACCCGGAGAAACCUGGCAGGGUCUUCUGACUGCACUGCAUCUCCAGCAUAUUAAUGCUCUUAAUUCUUCACAGAAGUUGACUGCUUGAAGAAAGGGCGUCAAUCUUCCAUGUGGCACCCAUCUAAUCCCUCCUCGGCAUUAUAGUAUAUGUGAAUAUGAGAGCUAGUAGAAUUUAAAAGAAAUUUUGUGAGUGUCCCAAUUAUUGGUGAUCUUGUUUUUGAAAAUUUUGAGUCAGUUUGUUAAGUAGUGCAGUUGUCCAAGUAAGAAUCAAAUACAAAAUGUAUGAGUAUGACAACAAAUUCUUGUAGUGACUCUGAGUCUAUUUUGUUCAAUUGUGUUCCAUUCUUUUUUCUCUUUUCUAGUUUCUAGUAACUUGUAUGAUCCCAGAAUCAACAAGCAAAGGACACGUUACAUUAGCUUUAAAGUUUAAAGCAUGUGAUGUUCAAACUUUAGGACUUUCAUAUGUUUGUAUCACUCUUUUACUGUAGCCCAGUAUGUUCUUGCAAAUUUGUAUCCAUGUAUUGGAAGAUAAAUAUUGUUGCUUUUUCUUUCUAUGCACAGGUAAUUUCCUGAUUGAUAUUUGAA